UUCAUCAGUGCGGCGCGCGCGGGGUGUGUGAGCGCUUGGAGACGUAGCGCUGCGCGUGGGUCGCUACGAGGGGUGUGUGCGUCCGUGACACUACUCCACAACACCGAUUAGGCAUCAUAUAUCAACCUACGGCGGGUCACGGAGCAUCGCAUCACUCACCCUGGAAACCAACGCUCUUAAACGGCAUCCGCGCAAUUCUACCAUUCAAUCCGUUUGAACAGCGCUCAUUCGCGAAUACACCCUGCUCCGGAGGUGGCUUUUAAUACCGGACAAUGACUCUGACCCAUAGCCGGAGAUAGGGAUGGAUCCAAGAGUGUGGAGGAUGCUCGCCCUGCUCGGUGUGUUCGCAGUCUUGCUGGAGGUGAAUGGUGAUGACAACUACCUGAAUGCAGUGCAGAAUACAGUUCCUCUAUCCUGCUCCGAGGGCUUCACUGAGCUGGGUUAUUACAAUGGCACCGUUUCUCAGACCGACUCAGGUUCACCCUGUCUAAAGUGGACCGAAUUCCCAGAUUACGUGCAGCAGUAUCCAGGCAGGGGUCUUGGAGAGCACAAUUUUUGUCGAAAUCCUGACCGUGAGUCCAACCCAUGGUGCUUUUUCAGACAGAGCUCAGGGGCCAUUGGCUGGGCCUACUGCGACUGCCACCAAGGAGCAGUAAGGUUAGCAGGAGGUUCAUCCUCAAAGAGUGGCCGACUGGAGGUCUAUCUGAAUGGCCAGUGGGGGUCGGUUUGUGACACACACUGGACAGAUCGUGAUGCCAGUGUGGUUUGCCGACAGCUUGGACUGAGUGAGAUUGGCACGGCUCUCCAGCACUCAUAUUUUGGCCCCGGCUCCGGGCUUUUUCACUACGCCCGCCUUGGCUGCCGUGGUGAUGAGAAAUCCCUGCUGGAUUGCAGAAGCAGGAAGUUUGUUACGAGUGACUGUAACCAUGGAAACGAGGCCGGAGUGGUGUGUGCACCACCUGAAGGUAAUGGACCGCCGCUGCGGUUGGUUGGUGGGGAGGAGGACUUUGAGGGACGAGUUGAGGUCUUCCAUGAUGGGCACUGGGGGACCAUUUGCGAUGAUCAGUGGGAUGACAUGGAUGCUGAGGUGGUCUGCAGGCAGCUCGGACUGGGGGGCAUCCCUAAAGCUUGGUCAUGGGCUCAUUUCGGGCAGGGCAGUGGGCCGAUCCAAUUGGACGCAGUACAGUGCACAGGCAAUGAGUUCUCUCUGGACGAGUGCCGUCACAGCGGAUGGGAACAACACAACUGUGACCAUAUGGAAGACGCUGGGGUGUCAUGCAAUCCCUAUACAGAUGGCGUGGUGAGACUGGUUGAUGGUGAUAACCCAUGGGAAGGUCGUCUGGAAGUAUAUCACUCUGGGGACUGGGGCACGGUGUGUGAUGACAGCUGGACGGAGCAGCAUGCACAGGUGGUCUGCAGACAGCUGGGAUUCAGGGGCGGUGCGGAGGUUGCCCCCGCUGGCGCGUUUGGAGAAGUAGCAGGGCUGAUUCUGCUGGACGAUGUGGAGUGUGAGGGGAGCGAGAGCUCUUUGCUGGAGUGUACACAUAGUGUGUGGGGUCGACACGAUUGCUCUCAUAGCGAAGAUGUUGGAAUACGCUGCCACAGGGUAGAAAACAAUGAGGUCCCACUGGCUCCAGAAAGUACUGGGCCUCUGGUACGACUGGCAGGUGGCGACAAUAGAAAAGAAGGCAGAGUGGAGGUGUUUCUUAACGGAGAGUGGGGCAGCGUCUGUGAUCAUGGCUGGAAUGAUGUCAAUGCUGCCGUCGUCUGUAGACAGCUCGGGUUCACUGGGGUGUCAAAAGCACGACCGAUGGGUUAUUUCGGAGCAGGGAAGGGGACCAUCCAUCUGACCAACGUGAGGUGCACUGGGAAGGAGUCGUUCUUCGGAGAGUGCCCUUCUAAAGGACAAGACAGCCACGCUUGUAAGCAUGGACAGGAUGCAGGUGUAGUGUGUGAUUAUUUGCCGGAGCCAGAGGCUGACAUAGCAGUGGUGGGCACACACACCUGUGGUUUGAAAGCCGGCGCUGAGAGACGCAGCAAGAGGAUUGUCGGAGGAUAUAAAUCUCUCAGGGGCGACUGGCCCUGGCAGGCGUCCCUGUGGCUCAGAUCACAAUCUAAAGGGAAUCAGCCUCUGUGUGGAGCCACUCUCAUAAACUCCUGCUGGCUGCUCACUGCAGCGCACUGCUUCAAACGGUUUGGAAGUGAUGCUUCACGGUAUGUGGUGAAGCUCGGGGAUUAUCACACGAAGGAGCAGGAUGAUUUUGAACGUGUCCUCUCUCCAGAGCUCAUAGAAGUGCACAGGAAGUACCGAACGGAGAGCUGGGAGCAUGAUGUGGCUCUGAUCCGACUGAAGGGCUCCGAGGGGAAGUGCGUGUCCUUUAACCCUCAUACUAACGCCGCCUGUCUGCCUGCACCUGGCAGUAAGUGGGGCAAGAGACCUGCGUCAUGUGUCAUCACUGGCUGGGGAAUGACAGACACUGAGCAUCCCAGCACUCUUCUUCAGGCCUGGGUUCCUCUUCUGCCCUCGUGGCAAUGUAAGAAGCGUUAUGGCGAGCGUUUCACUAGCCACGACAUGCUGUGUGCUGGCAGUAUGACGUCUGACCUCAGAAAGCAUGCUGACAGCUGCCAGGGCGACAGCGGGGGUCCGCUAGUGUGCCAGGGCGAGGCAGGGCGCUGGGUACUGACAGGGGUCAUUUCCUGGGGUCACGGCUGCGGUGACCCCUCGUACCCAGGUGUGUAUUCACGGGUCAGCCGUUACCUGCCCUGGAUCGAACAGGUGACGCACAGCACCGCCCCUCUCCAGCACUGAAGCACCAACCACUUUCUCUGAAAACCACCCUCCCCAUCACGCUUCAGGACUCUAUGACAGGAAAAGCAAGAUCCUGAGAGUGUUUGACACCUGCUAUAAGCUUUCAACACCCUGGAUCUUAAUUCCUCUGUAUUCUAUCUGUACAAUUCAAUUUUAUGUCUUUAGCAUUUAGAGAUUAGGAUCUUUCCAUACUCGCAGACUGAGUCUGUGAAGGUUUCAUUCAUGCAGGACACUGUACAAUGACCAGUGUGAUGGUAAAUGGACAGUUUACCUCAAAAUUUAAAUUCUGUCAUCAUUUAGUUCCAAACUCGCAUGAGGAUGAAUAAACGAUGAUAGGAUUUUCAUUUUCGGGUGAACUGGCUCUUAUAAAGAGUGUGAUUCUAUUGUGCAUUUAAAAUGU